AUGGAUAUUGCCAAGAGGAAAGUCGCAGAGAACGAUUACAAAGCGGCGAAAACGUUUGCUAUCAAGGCUCAGAAUCUGUAUCCACAGCUUGACGGUUUGAAACAAGUGUCGAUGUUGAUCGACGUGUAUAUCUCGGCGGGAAACAAAAUCAGCGGAGGAGAAUCUGAUUGGUACGGGAUUCUCGGUGUGGAUCCGUCGGCUGAUGCUGGAGUUGUGAAGAAACAAUACAAGAAGUUGGCUCUUUUGCUUCAUCCUGAUAAGAACAAGUGUGAAGGCGCAGAAGGUGCGUUUAAGCUGGUUUUAGAAGCUUGGUCUCUCAUAUCUGAUAAGGUUAAGAGAUUUGCUUUUGAUCAAAAGAGGAAUUCGAAUGAAGUCAAACCGAAAAGGAGUCGGAAGCAGAAACAACCAGCAAAGAAGAAGCAAGCACCACCAAACCAGCAGAAACCACCACCAGACCAGAAUCAACAACCACCACCAAACGAGCAGAAACAGCCACCAGACCAGCAGAAACCACCACCAAACCAGGAGAAAGAAGCAGCAAACCAGCCGAAAGAAGCGGCAAACCAGCAGAAACAACCACCAAACCAGCCAAGUUCUAGUGGAUCUCGAAAUGGUAGAGGUAGAAGCAGUAAGCCCACUACGAAAGUUAGUACCUUUUGGACAACAUGCGACAAAUGCGAGACACAGCAUGAGUUUGUGAGGGUUUUCUACCUAAACAAAAUCGUGUUUUGUCGAAAUUGCCGAGGGUCUUUUAAGGCAACUGAGAAAGGGAAAACGGCGCAAGCAGCAAAGGAGAACACACAUGGUGCUUCUUGCGGGAAUGUGGCAAAUCAACCGGAAGAAAAAGUGGUCGAGGAGUCAGAGGAAACUGGUAGAGGAAUUGCAAACUCUGAUUUCAAAGUAGAAGAGAGGGUUCGUAAGAAGCUGAGGACAGAUGAUUGUGCAGCGGCAAGUUGUGGAAUCAAGGUUUGA